AUUUGAUAUAUGCAAAGGUUUGAACAUUUGAGUCGAAGUGCAUAUUUUUGGCGUGGAAAUUUGAAUUUUAUUGAAGAGAUUGUACUAAGAAGUGUGUAAAGUCUUUUGAUGCCACAGAAUCAGAUUCUUCAUUGGAAGUGAGCGAUUUGAAGAAGAGAGAGUACAGUGUUUGUGGGAACAAGUUUCAGGAAAGUAAUACUUAUAAAAUAAGUAGUAACGAACUCUCUUCCUGAUUGAUCACUGAUACAGAGAACAAUGGCUAAAGACACAGACAAGGAAAUUUACCUCUUACACUUCGUAGAUGAAACCUGAACUCUGUCUAGGACCAUGGCAGGUAUGCCAGACAGACUUCGAUAACAGUUUUUCAUGUGUGUGAAUCGGGAAUGGCAAAGAAAGCAGAAGAUAGAACUUACAAUGUCAGCGUUAUUGGCCUGUCAGGGUCAGAGAGUGUGAAAGGGGCGGUGGGGGUGGGCAAGUCAUGCCUGUGUAACCGUUUUAUCAACGAUGUAGCGGACAAAUACCACACGGAACACAUCUCCGUCCUCAGUCAGAGCGACUUCGCGGGGCGGGUGAUCAACAAUGACCACUUCCUGUACUGGGGAGAGACGACAAAAACGGACGAAGGGAACAACUUUACAUUCCAUGUCAUAGAACAGACGGAAUUCAUUGAUGAUGUCUCCUUCCAAGUCUUCAAGACGGGACGUACGGACAACUACUGCAAGAGGAGUACGCAAAGUAAAGUACAGUCUGCCGAGAAAUUGAUGUACAUCUGUAAAGACCAGCUGGUGGAGAGUUUCAGUGGAAUGGAAACAGACAGUGCGUAUGAGCAGAAACUAAUGCCUGAUGGGAAACUUAACAUUGAUGGGUUCAUUUGCUGUUUUGAUGUUAGCAAGGUUCCUCAGAGGAACUUAGAACACCAAGUGGACUUUGUGAUCCAUCUCCUGAAUGCUGCAGUGAAAACCAGAAAACCCGUAGUACUGGUGACCACCAAGAAUGAUGAUGCAGACAAGCGAUAUUUACCGGAAGUGGCCAAAAUCGUAGCCAGAAAAGACUACAAGAACAACAUUCCCGUUGUCGAGACUUCAGCUCAUAAAAAUGUGAAUGUGGAGCAGGCCUUAAUAGUGCUGGCUCACAUGAUGGACAAAAACAAGCGUCGACCAAUUAUCACCCCUUACACUGAGGCCUUUAAACAACGCCAGGAGAUCGAAGAAGUAGCAAUUAAUGCUUAUAAAAAUCUUUUACGUAUUCAUGUAACAGACCCUAAGGCCAUCUUUAAGACAUACCUUAGGAAGUUGGAGCGGGAACCUGAUUUUAACCAUUAUGUUGAACUGUUAGGUACUGAUAAUGCUAAGAAAUUGUUUCGUCAACAUGCGAGACAGUUAAGGGAGGACCAGAUUAGAAAGCGAGAAAAAAUAUUCUCUACAAGAUUGCCAGAUCUGAUUCAACGGUUUUUACCUGAUUUAGAAACUAUUGGGAACAGGUCAUGGAGUGCUUGUCAAAGGUACAUCAAAGAACACAAGGAAUUUAAGCAUUACUUUGUGGAGGUGUGUAAUCCGGAGGAGGGGGAGACCUGGAAGAUGGUGCCCUCCUUCAUUGACGACUACAAUGAGACCAGGACGCCAUUUGAUGUCCUGAGUUCCCCUGAGGGGGAGGCCGUGUACCAGAGGCAUCUCAAAGAACUGCAGGAGGCUCACAAGAAAAUUCAACUGAGGGAACAGUUCAAGAAGCUUUUGUCGGAGACUCCUCAAGUUUUCCCGGGGGCUACACUGGACGAUAUCUAUAUGUUAUUUACUGGGAGGGACUGCUACAUCGGGCUGUCGGCCUCAGAGCGGGAGGAUGUGUUUGAUGAUUAUCAGGAGGAGCUAAAAGCCCAGGUCAAGCACGAUUUUCAGGAACUCCUCUGGGAACGGACCGAGACAUUCAUUAGGCAGAGGAUGCAGCCAAACUCCUCCGAAAAAAUCACUCAAGAAGAUCUCACUCUCAUCAAGGAGGAUAUAGAGAAGGACCCCAGGUAUCGUCGUUUGGACAAGAUGGAGGAUGAACGGGAUGUGCUUCUGAUAAAACACCUGGGAUUUCUGGAGAUGCCCUCCAGUGACAGGUGUUAUUACAAGGACCAGUGUGCCGAGACUCAAGUGCAAUCAGUAUUAGAGAUAGCUGCCAAGACAGUCAAUCGUUCAUCAAAUAGAAUAUCAGCAGUGUCUGAAAAGGAAUGCCCCCUUAAUCUGGUUCUCUUGGGAUGUGAGGGGCUGGCCACCAAACUAUUCAAGCAGAUAAGGGAGAUGUUUGAACAUGACCAGUUUCAAUAUAAUGACACAAUCUACAAUGUGGACUAUCGUCCUAUUGAAGAUGAUGUGAGCUUAGAACAGAAUGCUUUUCAAACUGCAGAAUUUAAGCCAAAUGGUUGUUUGUGUAUGUAUACAUCAGAAUCCUCGCUCAAUUACAUUGCUUCAAGUUUAGAGACUGUUCUGACGGCUGAUGUCCCAGAAGAAGACAGCCUGCGAAAUCUUCCCAUCGUUAUAAUACACGGAUACGAUCCUCAGCUCUCAGAGAAGGAUAGCCUGAAACUGCAACAAAAAGGACAGGACCUAGCUAGAAAGAUGAAUUGUGAUUUUGUAUACAUUCCUGAGGAUACCCCAGAAGACAUGCUCCUAAUUCAAGUGGAAGAUGCACUACUAGCUCUGGUUCGAACUACAAAUGGAUUCAACCUUCAGCUAGAACCUCAACUUAGGAUUGCCAUGUGUAUUAUGUGUGGAGAAGACUUCCGGGUGGAUAUUCCAAUAGGUCCGAUCCUGAAUAGUAACGCCACCUACGUAGAUGUAGAAACCGAUCUCUCUGUUUCAUUAGAACUAAAUUUAGAAAGUGGUCUUGACUCUGGCAAACAGAAAGUGGAGGUAUGUGUUGGAGCGUACCAUAACUUCAUCACCAGGGUGUUCAGGGAGGAGGAGGAAUUUCAAGGUUUUAUUCUAGUCUACAGUCCAGUCCGACAGGCAUCAUUUGCUGCUAUGAAAGCUUAUGCCGAAAAUUUACGUAAUCUUUACAAUGUAAUGCCACUGAUGAUCGUAGCUGUGAAAGAUCCUAUGAAUCGUGUCCCUUUCUCUAAGGAUUUAAUUGUGGCUGGGGAGAGAAUUGCAGAGGAUUUUCGGGCAGAAUUCAUCGUCACAACUGCUGAUUUCAAGCAGAAAGACACUGUUUACCUGCCCUUGAUGAAGGAAGCUUGGAAUAAGCGUGAUGAACUGGAGUCUAUAUAUUGUGACCCUAAUAGCCCUCCAUACGACACCAAACUAGACAUGAGACCCCCGGCCCCUCUACCAGACACUUUCCAUCCCACCAAUGGUAGCAGUAACAGCCAAAGUACUGAGGACUCCGAGUCAAAAGAACCACUGUACACACAGGAACCAAUCUAUGACAAACCCUUCACCCACCAUCACUCAGACAGUGAGCCCUCCUCUAGUUCUCCCCCUCCCAUCAGGUCAUCAAGUCCCCCCAACGGGGAGUUACCCAGCCGCGAGCAGCUGGUCAAACCCAGCAUGCUGAGGAAAAACCGCGGAUCAAAUGCAGCCUGGGCACUCAAUGAGCCCGUGAGACAGAAGAAAGCGUCCACUUUCCCGACCGACGUGCAUCAUCCCGCCCGGGACAAUGAUUCUUGGACUGAUCAUUCAACUCAUGGAUCUACAGAGUCACAAAAUCAUGGACCUGACACAAUUUUUGUGGAAAAUGAAAUUUACCAGAGAGCUUCAACUAUCUUAGAUGAUUCCAAAUUUAAGGCCUCACCAAAGAAAAACUUUGUGGGCCAGGGGGCGCCAAUUGCUCAACCUGAACAGGAUAUCACUCUGGCAGAAGACUACCAAGACCCAAAGGAUUAUCGUUCUCAUGGAGCAGAAGAUGGAGAAUAUGCUGCAGUGUAUGGGGCAUUGGAACCUGGUAGACACCAGCGUAUUAUGUCACAGGAACGGAAAAAAAAAAAAGCCCAAGAUUCUGAUGAUUCUGAAGAGUCCAGUUCACUGGAGCGUGACAAGAAAGACAAGGAUUCUAUUUAUAGCCGAGUCAAUCGCAAACCCACUCCACACAAAAAGAAAACCAAACAGAAAUCCCAGGAUGGACAGGUGUACACCAUACCUGUGUAUACUGACGAGCGUCCGCAAGGAAAUCGACGCAGAGACAACCGAGGCAACUUCAGAGAUUCUGACCUGGAUACGCCCAACAAAGAGUACUCGCAUACGAUGCCUCGGGGCGGGUUUUCAAGUUUUGAGGAAUUUGACCUGAAUGACAGUGGAAGUUGGAUGACCAAGUUUAGGACCCUGAAAGCUGACAAGAAUCGGAGGAAGGAGGAAAAGAGGAUCAAAGAUGACGAGAGGCGGAGGCAGAAAGAGGAGGAGAGAAAACAAAAAGAACAACAGAAAGCUCAGAAGAAGAAGAAGAAGGAUGGCCGCCCGGGGACGUCUGAGAGUGGCUGUAAACUGAGCGAGUUCCCCAUGUCCAGCAAUAACCCCUCCCUACCACAAUUUGUAGAGACCUGUGUGGAAUUCAUAGACAAUGAAGGUAUGAACACAGAGGGUAUUUAUCGUAUCCCUGGUAACAAGCUGCAGGUGGAACUACUGCAAAGUAAACUGCAAGAGGACCCUUCAAUAGAUAUCCAUAGCCUGGACAUACAGGUGAAUGCCGUGGCGACGGUCCUGAAGAACUUCAUAAAUGACACGGAACCCCUAAUCCCCCCUAGUCUACACGAUGAGCUGUUGGAAGCAGCAGCAAAGAUUACUGAGCAGGAUGAUGAGUCUGAAGGUAUGCCAGACAAGAGUUCAAAGUUAUUAGCUUUAAGAGGAGUCCUCAAGAAGGUCUACCCCACAAACUAUGAAGUGCUAAAGUAUUUCAUUACUCAUCUGAAAAGAGUGAGUCAACACAAGGCGACACAUAACAUGAACAGUUCAAACUUGGCCAUUUGUUUGUGGCCAACUCUCCUGAGGAUAGACUUUACCGGUAAAACCUACACAGACAUGACACAGAUGACACGCCUCCCGGCGAUUAUAGUACAGACGCUUAUAGAACAGUGCGGUUUCUUCUUUCACGGUGAGGAUGAAAUCUCGGAGGUUGUGUGACCAGGAGAGCAAGCGUUGUGUGGAUAAUUGAAAAAAUUAAACCUAAUUAGUUCAUAUCAGUGUAGGAUGGAGUUAUGGAGAAAUUAUGUAGACGACGAUGAUGCGGCAAGAUCAGAUGCCAGUCCGUUUUGUGCCGCAAAGAGAAAAUGACUGCCGCAGGCCGGACCUGCAUGCCAUGCAAUGGCAGACUGACACCAGGUGGCGCUCGGGCAGCUCACUGUUCAACAGGUUAGCGGACGUUCAAAGAGGCAUUUUCUUGUUCAUUAACUAUAUAGUGUUUUAUUACAAUUUUUAGUGGGCCAAUAUACCAGUGCAUAAUAUGUGAAUGGGAGAUUGUUGCAAUGAAGUGAAUAUGAAUGAUGCUUUGUGGUUAAUGUCAGUGAUAUCAAGUAUUCCGCCUCAAAAACUUUUUUUCACAUUGUUUAAAAUAUAUAGGCAGAAUGAAGUGUAAUUAUUUAUCCAUCUUCAAGAUGCUAAAUAUGCAAUCUUGAAACCUUUUUGUGAGUGAUUAUUUGAAGAUUCAUAGUUGUGAAAAAGUUGAUUAAUGUGGAUAUAUAUUUUAUGUCAUUUUGAAAAUAAUAAGAAAGUGCUGUUCAUAUGAGAGUAUAACAUUAUAGUGGACAUUGUCUUGUAAUCAACAACAAACAUAAUAGCUUUUUUUAAUGAAAUGUUAUUUUGACACUCUGCUGUUUUGUUAGAGAAAACCCUUUUCAGCUGUGAUUUUACAAUGUUGAUUUUUUGUGAUAUCUGUUUCUUGUCUUGUGUUAUUUUUUACUCUUUAUUAUUGAAACUGUUGUUAAUUAGGGAGACUCACAAUAUCUCAAAUCUGUCAUUUUUCUUCAAACGGACGAAAUACGUUAAUUUUUUCAUGAUAUGCAGAUAUUUGGAAAGGAUAUAAGAAAAUCAGGAAAAUUUCAAUCUUAUUAGGUAAUGCAUGUCUUUUCCCACGAUUCAUCAACUGACUCUGUAUGUCUCUAGACAUGAAUUUUUGCUCUCUUUAAAUGCAUUGAAAGGUGAAGACUUUCUGUGUAUUGAAGCACAUAUAUAAAUAGCUAUAGAUAAGUAAGCAUACAUUUUGAUAUAUUUUUGAUUUUUAUAGGGCUUUGAAUAUCGUACAUAGAAAUAGGGUAAGGAACAUAAUUUAUAAUUAUGGGAAUCCAAUUUGAGCAUUUGGACCCAAAUUUACUGUGAGUGAUAAUUUAUCUUAUUCUCAUAUUUAUAACACAAUAUAAACCAUAUGUGUAAAAAAAAAAAUUACACCAAAGUCAGUUGUAUUUAUUAUAUAUUUAUACAUAUAUUAUAUGUAUGUAUACCUAACAGCAUAAAGUGAUACUCAUCUCAUUAUUAAAGAAUAGUAAUGUAGUUGAUAGAAUGCUUUUCAGAAUAAGUAUUGUUGUAAACACAUUUUCAAAUGGUUUGUAUCAAUCAUCUCUUGAAAAGAUAUGAAUUUAAUAAGUAUGUAAUUUCUAUGAAUUUUCUUAGUUGAAUUAAAACAAAAAUAUCUUCCCGUACAUGUAAGUGCCAUUUAGAGUGGGAGGAUCUUGAAGAAAUGUUUCAUUUUGAUUGGGCUUUUUCCUCCUAAUCAUGAACUGUGUGUGUGAAAAGUGUUAAAUAACUCUAAUGACCUUUCUAAAAGCAAACUGAUUUUUUAUUAGCAUAAAUAUUCUUUUCAUAAGAGUAAAAUUAUCUAUUGUGCAAUGAUGGAGUAAAAUUUAAAUAGCUUGAUCCCCCCAGACACAUUCUAGUCCAAAAGUUCAAUGUGUCUUUCAUUUCUUUGUAUCAGUUUGCCAUAUAAAGAGAAACUGUGUUCAUCAUCAGGCUCAUAGAUGAGGGAUUGUCAUUAGUAUUUUCUGUUAUCCUUUUUGGUGGACCAUACAAUACCCAGACAUGCAAACUUUACAUAUGUAUGUGACCAUGAUGCAAGGCUUUCUUGCAUUAUUUAUACUAGUAUAUACAGAGAGAGAAAGAGAGAGAGAGAGAGAUGGAAAAAGAGAGGGAGAGAGAGACUGCACUGAAUUUAUAUUUAAAUUGACUGGGGAUAAAUUUAUUCUCAUGGUUGAUGCCAUUAUAUAAUUUUAUGUACUUGUAGUUUCCUCAUUUUGACGCUUUUGACCAAGUUGCUAAGAUAAUUUUUUUAAUACAUGUACAACAACCAAAUUUAUAUCUUGUAUCAUAUAUAUUCAGUCUGUUGCUCAGGUUAAUUUGAUACACAAGUCAUUUACCAAUCUAGAUACUAGUACUCCAGGCAUGGGGAGGGAGGAGGGGGGCUUCUAAAAUAUUACCCAAUUUGAUAAAAAUUUUGAAGAUGUUUAUUGUAAAAUCUAGAAGGAUCUCUAAUGCAGGGUUGUGAAAUGGAGAAACUGGCACGAUUUUGUUAUUGUUCAUGAGAUGAAGAAUGUACAAUUGCAGAUUUUCUUAUAUUUAAUCAAGUAUACCAAGCUUGCCUUUGUCAAUUUUUUGUUAACACUCUGUAUGACAACCUUUUUAUGACGUGUCGUAUGGAUAAAAGUACCAAAACUGAACAUGGUCUGUACCUGACAUUGCAAGGUUUUCCACUGCUGCUAUUUAAUUUGCUUUAUACAGAGAUGUACAAUAAUUCAAUAAAAUGUCAAUAAUUUA